UCAUGGCUCUCGGCCGCGAGCGGAACACCGCGAGUGGGAGAUGCUCCACCACAUAUAUAAUGCGAUAACAACGACCCCUCAGCAAGCAGUUUGCUCUCAGCUUCGCCAUGAAGAUUUUCGUUUGCCUGUUGGCAUUAGCGGUCGCCGCUAAGGCCGGUUACAUUAGUAGCGGUUGGUCCGGUGGCGGCGGCGGCGGUGGUGGCGGCUGGUCGUCCGGCGGUGGUGGUGGCGGCUGGAAGUCCGGCGGCGGCGGUGGCUGGUCCGGCGGCAGCGGUGGCGGCUACGGCGGCGGCGGCGGCGGUGGUUGGAAGCUGGGAGGAGGCGGUGGUGGCUGGUCCAGCGGCGGAGGCGGUGGCGGCUGGUCCGGCGGCGGCGGCAGCGGAGGACAGAUUAAGAUCAUCAAGAUCAUAUCCUCCGGGGGCGGCGGCGGCCAUGGCGGCGGUGGUUACGGAGGCGGCGGCGGCUACGGCGGUGGAAGCGGCUGGAGCCUCGGCGGUGGAAGCAGCGGCUGGUCUAGCGGUGGUAGUGGAUGGAAGUCCGGCGGCGGCGGCGGUUGGAAGUCCGGCGGCGGUGGUGGCGGCUGGUCGUCCGGUGGUGGUGGCGGCGGCUGGAAAUCCGGCGGCGGCGGUGGUGGCUGGUCCAGCGGCGGCGGUGGUGGCGGCUGGAAGUCCGGCGGCGGUGGCGGCUGGUCCUGGUAG